AUGGGCUUGUUGGCACACCUCACUGCCAUAAGCCAAGUGGCCGUCCUGGUCGCGGCAGCAUCUUCCCAUGUUGUGACCGAUCCUUAUGUCGCAACCCAAUGGAACAGAUGCCCAUCAACAUGCGAUAGCGCCGACUCCAAGGACUGGGAUUACUAUAAUGGCUUGCGCGUUCUCAAAUCAUGCGACUUGCCAAUGCUGCUGAAUAUAGCCGUGAACAGUCCCAUCGCAAAUUCCGGCAUGCGUCCGGAGCUGUACGCCUGUUCCUUGCCCAGCGGUAAUAGCUUUAAGUCUACAAAGGCCCAAGUCGCAAAUACACCAAGCACAAAAUACUCAGCCAAGGAUGUUGAGAUGGAGAUGGCGUGGCGUGGCGAGGAAGGAAACCAAUACUCCCCUCAUUCCGAAGCUGCAGCCCGACUUGUGCAAGCUCAGUUUGAUCAGCCUGCUGGGCAAAAUGCCACAAUUGCCUUUGGGUAUUCGAGUGGAGUCGUCUUGGGAGUUUAUGCUGGCUCUAUGAUGGAUAAAAGCCAAGACAAGAGCAUACUGGGAUAUUUUCUAGAGAAGUUGCGUCAAGGGGAACUCAGCACAUCUGGUUCUAUGAUGCAAGUCUGCAACAAAGACCGCCCGGCAGCUUACAACCUUGGUGUCAUAUCCGAGGCAAGCGCAAACCCCGAAGAAGCUCUAGCCACCGUACAAGCAGCACUCGCAACAUGGAACCGAGGCGAUUGUGUGGAGGGAUACAGUGCAAGUCGCAAGUCGCAAGUUGCAGUGGCUGAAGCCAUCGCUCCAAGCCACGGCAAUAGCUCCCAUAUCAGCUCCCAUGCUCGUGCACAUGUUAAGAAAUCAUUCCUUGGAAUCCAGCCCCGCGGAGAAUGCAGAACUAUUAUAGUCAAGACUGUUGAUGAUUGUAGUGAGCUUGCGAGCCGCUGUGGAAUCUCGCCCGCCGACUUCACCAAGUACAAUCCGAGCAAGACUUUGUGCUCCAGUUUAGUCGGUGGCCAGCAUGUAUGCUGCUCAGCUGGAACGCUUCCUGAUUUCUCUCCGAAGCCUAACGCGGAUGGAACUUGCGCAACGUACACGAUUCAAAAUAGUGAUUACUGCUUAACUAUUGCUGCUGCCCAUGCUAUCACGGUUGAUGAUAUCAAUAAUUGGAAUGCGAAGACUUGGGGUUGGCAGGGCUGCCAGAGCCUCCCACCUAACGGGAAGAUGUGCGUUAGUAAGGGUGAUCCGCCUAUGCCUGCAGUUCUCAGAAACGCUGUUUGUGGACCGCAAAAAGACGGGACCAAGAGACCGGCUGAUUGGGAUGAUAUUGCGGGACUGAACUCUUGCCCACUCAAUGCUUGUUGUGAUAUUUGGGGGCAAUGUGGAGUUACACUCGAGUUUUGCGUCGCAACAAACUCUACCACUGGCGCACCUGGAACGGCCAAAAACGGCACGAACGGAUGCAUCUCGAAUUGUGGAACACACAUAAAGCUGAAUAGUGAUGCUCCAUCCGGGCCUACCAUCAUGGCAUACUAUGAAGCAUUCAACAACCAGCGACCGUGCUUAAACCUAGAUGUCCAAUCCAUUGACGAAGUGAUGAAGACCGGCGGUGAAAAUGGCUCCCUUGAGAUCGAUUCUGCAUGGAGCUACAUUCAUUUCGCUUUCGCCAAUAUCACGGAAGACUUUAAGCCCGACGUAUCCAGCGUCCAAGAUGAGUUCGACAGUUUCAAGAAGUUGAAGGCACCCACCGGUUAUGAAGGUGUCAUCAAGCAAAAGAUUCUCUCUUUCGGUGGUUGGUCAUUUUCGACCGACAUCGACUCAUACGCCAUCUUCCGAAAGGGAGUGACGGAUGCUCAGCGCUCACUCUUCGCCACCAACGUUGUGAGCUUUGCCAAUGAUAACAAUCUCGAUGGCUUGGACUUUGAUUGGGAAUAUCCUGGGGCGCCUGAUAUCCCAGGGAUUCCCGCCGGUGACCCAGGCGAUGGCCAGAGAUAUCUCGAGUUUUUGAAGGACGUUCGAGACAAGCUUCCACUGGAAAAAUCCCUCUCAGUCGCUGUUCCUUCCUCCUACUGGUACCUGAAGGGAUUCCCCAUCAAGGAAAUUUCGGACGUUGUGAGCUACAUCGUGUUCAUGACCUACGACCUCCACGGUCAAUGGGAUUGGAACAAUACCAACGCCGCUGACGGGUGUGACGGUAGCGCCUGCCUCCGAUCUCAUAUCAAUGAGACUGAGAUUGCGCUCGCAUUCUCUAUGAUUACUAAGGCCGGUGUCCCUAAUAACAAGAUAUUCGGUGGGGUUGCUAGCUACGGCCGGUCGUUCGGAAUGAAGGACCCAUCCUGCUAUGGCCCGGAGUGCCACUUCACCGGCCCCGAGUCAGGAGCUAGACCCGGUGAAUGCACUAAAACUGCGGGUUACAUUGCAGAAGCAGAGAUUAACGAAUGGCUUAAGGGCGGGGACAACAUCACCACCUACUACGACAAAACAAGCGCAUCUUUGAUCUCUUACUCUAAGGACGGUAAUUGGGUUUCCUAUAAUAAUAAGGCGAACAGAACCUCACGACUUGUGGAUUGGUGGAUCAACGGCCAUUUCAAGGGUACUGCUCUCUGGGCACUGGACCUUACGGAGUUCGUAUCUGAAAAUGCGGACGGCACGCGUAUAUCGCCCAUUUAUCCGAUCAACUGCACACUGUCUUUUGACAACCUCGAUGACUUGGAAUCUGCGUCUGGUAUUGAUGAUUACUGUAUGAACAUAUAUAUCCUUCAGGCCUUGUCUGGAAACCUCACGGCAUCGCUCAGCAAGUAUCAGAAUGAGCUGGACGACGGCUAUGAUAAGAAGUUUGGCUGGUACGAAGAAGCAGUGCGAGGAUCAGCCCCUAUCUCUCUGGCAUCCUUUUUGGCAAAAAAUGCCACCAAGUACUUCGAUUGCACUAUAACCGACAUGGGGAAGAAUUACACCGACAGAGGCUGCAUUUCCGUCGACCAGUUCAAGACCGAUUGCUACUGGACUGCACACAACCGCACACUAUUUGAACAGGACCUUUUUGAGGUAUCUGGCAUUUCAUCAGAUUGGUUCACAUACGAGACAUACGAGGAUACAGGUAUCCGUGGUGCUCGGACUGGGGACGUAUGGAACGCCGAGUAUUACGGCCAGCCGCAUUUGAAGAAGGAUUUCAAGAUCAACAAUCCCAAGGAUGCGAUCUCAAAAAGAAUGGCAAGCAUCACAGAGCUCCAGUCGACUUUGGAUUUCACGGCCUUCCUCGCCAACGAGUCAAUGUAUAUGGGUGACGUGAGUGAUGCCGUGGAUGGUGCAUCGUUGGCUGUGUUCAUGAUAUCAACCUCUGUGACAAGUAUGUCGCAGGUUGCAGACACUGGACAGCAUUAUGAGGAUGACAAGGUCAAGAACAUGAUUCUCAUGUUCGUCACGGCGGUCCUCUUCAUCAUUCCUGGUCUUGAAGAAGGGGCUGUGGCCUUGGAAUUGGCGGAAAUAGCAAACAUACUCAGAAUGAUUGGCACUAUCGGAGAUGUGGGAAUGAGUGCUUACGACGUUGUCCAGGCUAAGGAUAAUGCACCAGCUGCUGUGUUCGGCGCUUUACUGGGUGGACUAGGUGCUCUGAACAUGUUGAAGGCCCCGGGGAGCCUUGGAGUAGCAGCUAAAGCAAGGAGGGGGAUGUCUGCCGACCAUAUUGAAGCAUUGGGAGUUGAAGUGAAGGGAGGACUGGGCCAGGUGGAAAAAUUGAUCAAGACAUGCUUUUAG